AUGGCGGGCUGGUGGCGGGCGCUCCCGCGCGCGGCCCGGUCCUACCCUUGGCCCACGAACGUGUUGCUCUAUGCCGGGCUCUUCUCAGCCGGCGACGCGCUGCAGCAGCGGCUGCGGGGCAGCCGGGCAGACUGGCGGCACACGCGGCACGUGGCCACCGUGGCCGUGGCCUUCCACGCGAACUUCAACUACGCGUGGCUGCUCCUGCUGGAGCGCGCGCUGCCGGGGCGAGCGCCGCGCACCGUCCUGGCCAAGGUGCUGUGCGACCAGGUGCUCAGCGGGCCGGUGCACGUCUCUGCCUUCUACUCCGGUAUGAGUAUUCUCCAGGGAGAAGAUGACAUAUUUUUGGACCUGAGACAGAAAUUCUGGAAUACAUAUAAGAGUGGUCUAAUAUACUGGCCUUUUGUCCAGCUGAUCAACUUCAGCCUGGUUCCUGUUCACUGGAGAACAGCUUACACUGGACUCUGUGGUUUUGUGUGGGCCACCUUCCUAUGCUUUUCACAACAGGGUGGUGAUGGCACCUUGAAGUCAGCUUUUACUUUACUUCGUAUGAAGGGGGCAAAUGAAGCUGAAACGCUCCCAGAGAAAUGACAAGUCAAGAAAUCCCUGAAAUUGACUAAUUUUUUUUCCUUAAGCACAGAAGAUUGCCUGCAGAUGAAAUACUCUGCUUACCAGUUAUGUGCUCCAUUUUGAAGAAUUACUAUUCCAUAGACCCAAUUGUUUUUUAACUAGCAAUGAUAACUUUCAAUUUUAUUCAAAUCUCCUUUUUCUAUUUUUAAAAAUUAAUUAGGUUGU